GGGAGAGGAAGUUGUUUUAUUGUGUGCUUGCACAGUAUUGGUCCAGUCUGGAGAAUUUAAUUUGAGAGGAGACGUUGUGGGGAGAGGAAGUCGACCACAAGAAAAGCCAUGAUGAUGGUCCUGCUGAUUCUGGGGACUUUGCAGAUUGUGGCUGUUACUGCUUCGCCGUUGUUGGUUGAUCCACUGUUGACUGAAGGCUGGGAGAAAUGGAAGGUGCUUCAUCAGAAACAGUACACCGAGAAUGAAGAAGGUGUUCGGAGAAUGGUGUGGGAGAAAAACUUUAGAUUUAUUGAAAAUCACAACUUGGAGUACUCGCUGGGUAAACACAGCUUUAAUCUUAAGAUGAACCACUUUGGAGACAUGACCUUGGAGGAGUUCAAUGAGCGGAUGAAUGGAUUCCGACACUUUAAACCCAGGAACUCGUCCAGACCACUCGCAAGGAUCCCUGAGCUGGCUGAGAUUCCCAAGAAUGUCGACUGGCGAGAUGAGGGAUAUGUCACUCCAGUGAAGAACCAGGGUAGCUGUGGCUCAUGUUGGGCUUUCAGUUCAACGGGAGCAUUGGAGGGACAGACCUUUAAGAAGACAGGAAAGCUCAUCCCACUGAGUGAGCAGAACCUGGUAGAUUGCUCAGGGCCACAGGGGAACCAAGGCUGUGGUGGUGGAUGGAUGGAAAAUGCCUUCUUAUAUGUACAUGAAAACAACGGGAUUGAUUCUGAGACUGGAUACCCAUACACCGGCCAAGAUGAUCCCUGUAAUUAUAAGGUCAAGUACAAAGCUACCAAUUGCACCAAUUACUUUUUUGUUAAACAAGGUGAUGAAGGAGCCUUAGCUCAGGUGGUUGCUAAAGUUGGACCCGUAUCUGUUGCCAUUGAUGCUACUCAUUCGUCUUUUCAGUUCUACCAUACAGGUGUUUACUAUGAACCCAGUUGCGAGCCCUUUGUUAUGAGUCAUGCUGUUCUGGUCGUUGGAUAUGGAAGAAAAUUUGGUUCAAAGUACUGGAUUGUUAAAAACAGCUAUGGUGUUGAAUGGGGAAAUGAAGGCUACAUUUUAAUGUCCAGAAAUAGGGAAAAUAACUGUGGGAUUGCAACCCACGCCGUGUAUCCACAGGUUUAAAGUCAUUCGGAGAGAAUGUGGAGGCUUCGGAGGCCAAAGAUUUCUAAUCUUCAUUUUAUCUUUUCACUUGGUUUUACAGUUUUAAUCAGAAUGUCAGCCUGUCAUUUCCUGUGUUACUACAAAUCUAAAAAUAGUGUGACCCGAGAUUGCAUUUGUAAAUGGUCGGAGUGGGCGAAUUGAACAUUCUGAUGGGUAUUGAUUGCUGAACAGGGUUUGUCAGUCAGGGACUAUGGUUGACCACUACAAACCCAGCACACUGUCCUGCUGGUCAGGACCACACUCCUCUCCCUUCUGUUUGGGAUGGGCAGUCCUAUUAACGUUUCUGAGUGUGGCAUCCGGACACCAGCAUUAUAGAUGGGCAAGGCCGGGUUCAUUGCUGCUGUUAGCAUGUGGUUCUGGUGCUCAGAACACCAAAGAGAUGUUCUCAUUUUAAUUGAGUCAAUCAGCAUCUGCCAAAUUCUGAAUCUAGUGUUGAUGAAAGGCAACAUCUACUCUCCAGGUAUCUGCACAGUAUCUACUUCAUGUUUAUAAAAAAACAAUAAAUGUAUGAUUUCCAAUAA